AUGGCGCUGGUGCCCAGGGGAUCGUCGUGUCGGCUUCUCCCGGGGUGCAGAGCAGUGGUGCGCUACGGCGGGGACGACCUCUGGCACGAGCGGAUCCUGCUGUACCCAGCGGCCAGUGAGGCCUCAGGCGCGGGGCUCCCAGGAGUGUGCUGGGUGGUGUACACUCCCGAUCACGAUAUGUACAUCGAGGAGCUUGAGGGAGGCUCGCCCGACGACAGUCCCGUGGAGUGGCUGGAGAUGCCGCGCGACCUGCGGCUGCCCAGUGGGCUUGGACGGGCGUAUCGCUUCGAGGAGGUCCCGACGGAGGAGGUUAUGAAGGGCCUCUACCGCCGGGCCUACUCGGCCGCCCAGGCCGACGCCGAGGCGCGCGGGGUGCUCCUGGAGACGCCGGUGGCGGUGCGAACGGCCGCAGGCAGGGAUGUGGCAGUGCAGGAGGCCCUCGGGGCCAACUUCUUCGGCGGUCGACGGAUGACAGGCAAGAGGCCGCUUCUGGGUCUGGACCUCGGAGGAGACCACAGAGGCCCCUCUGGACCGGCAGCGGCGGCCGCGGAGGGCGUUGGCGACACCGGCGCCCCGGGGGCCGCGGUUGAGGGCACUAGCACGCCACGCUCGAGCGGCCGCGUUUGGCGAGCAGCCGAGGCUGACGAGCGCUGCCGCAUCGCGCUGGGCGACGAGUUGGGGCCUCCUGCUCACUCGCUCUGUGGCAAGGGGUUGUUCCUGGCGGCUCCUGGGCGGGCCGUGGUGGUGCACCUGACAGGCCUCGACCAGGACUCCUUCGUGAUGAGCCUACGGGUUGGCGAAGGGCAACCAUUGAGAGCUGGCGCCGAGAGCGGAGGAGGAGGAGACGCUCGAACCUUGGCGGUGAAGAAUGGGCCGCGGGGCCGAGGCCGAGAGUGGCGUGAGGUCGUGGACGCCUGUGAGGAGGAGCCGUUCGGCGACUUCCCAGUGGCGGGGCCUCGCUCUGCUUGGUGGUGCCUGGACUUCUUGCGGCGUCGGCACACCCCCACGGAUCACCACCUGAUGUUCAAGACGACCGCGCGGCUCCAGUCGGAGCAGUGGGGGGUGCAGGAGCACGAGCAGCUCAUGAAGUACAUCGAGCUGGCUGGCACCUACGACCAGCUGGACCUCAGCAACUGUGCCUUCGCCGAGGCCAUCUUUCGGCGGGCGCAGACUAUCGAGUGGAGCUACCACGAUCGGUUGCGGGAGGCCGACUCAGCCAGCUCCAAGGACAAGAUGAGUCCUGAGGAGUUCUCGGCCUUCAGCGGCUUCAGCAAGGCGGGGGACCUGCUGAUGGUGGCCCCCGCGCUCCUCGAGUUUGUGAAGGGCCAGGUCGAGAAGGAUGCCGCGAUCAUGAAAAACAUCAGGAAGGCUAGAGAAGAACGAGAGCUCCGCCGCAAGGCUCCAAGGCCGCCGAGCCCCAGGGCUCUCCUGCAUGCGUACCUGGGCGAAUUCAAUUUGACGGAGUUCCAGACCACGCUCAUGUGGCUGAAGCCAACCGCGCCCUCGGGGCCCUCAAUGACCUGGCUGGUCGGCUCGGGGCGCCUGGCGCUCCGGGCCUGGCGGAGCGGCUGCCCCAUCGCCUGGUACAUGAGCGUGUUCGUCAUGCUGCUGCUGCGCUGGCUCCGCGGUGCUGGCGUGUACGAGGAUAUCGACUCGCCAGUCGUUAGCUUCGACGACUCCCUCGUCUCGCUGCCUGAGGCCGGCAACGUUCCUGUGCCGCUCGGGGAGCUGGUGGCAGGCGUGGGCGAUAUUGAUGUCGAAGCAGCAAUACACGAGCAGCUCCUUCCACGCAAGGAUGCGGAGUCCAACCUCUCCGAGGCUCCGCGGCAGCCGUACAUGGAUGCUAUUCUACGAGCUCAGCCACGUGCUUAUGCUGGGCUGGUGCGGCGUUUGCGCACGGCGGGAAUGGUGACCUUCUCAGCCGCGCCGCGAGAGAAGUGCGGCCUCUUCUUUGCGCGUAAGAAGUCUGGCAAGCAGCGCAUGGUGAUAGACUGCCGGCGGGCCAACUGCUGGUUCAGGAGGCCUUCGACAGUCGCGCUGGCGACAGGCUCAGCACUGGGAGAGCUGGCCGUGCCGGAGGGCGAGCAGCUAUACGUCGGCCACGUGGACAUCUGCGACGCCUUCUACCACUUCGGGCUGCCUGAGGCUUUCCGUGAGUACUUCGCGCUGCCGGCGGUGAAGGCAGGUGAUGUGGGGCUGACUGUCCUAGGCGGAAGGUCUCUCGCGCCUGGCAGUCGUGUGUGGCCAGUCCUUGCGGUGUUACCCAUGGGCUGGUCGCAUGCGCUGUACUGGUGCCAGACCAUUCACCGCGGGAUCGUGAGCUCCAUCCCCGCGCUGCACGACGUUCCGUUCAUCUCGGACAAGAGUGUAGUGCCGCCAGUGCAGCCGCUGGCGAUGACUAUCUAUGUGGAUAAUUUUCUUGCCUUGGGUACGGAUCCCGAGGCCGUCUCGCGCGCAGUAAAGCUUGUCAACGUCAAGGCUGUGGAGACGGCGCUCGAUUGGUUGACAAGCAAGGCCGUCGUGAGUCCCAAAGAAGUUGAGAGGGUGUUAGGCCAUUGUACUUUUGUGGCACUUCUUUGUCGUGAGCAUUUGUCGAUCUUCAGGUCCGUCUAUACUUUCAUUCGGCGGCUGGGCCACUGUGCCGCGGUCCCUCUGUGGGAGUCCGUCCGAUGGGAGCUCAGUACGUUCUCGAGUUUGCUGUGUCUGAUUUCCAGGAAGCUGCAGGUGUCAUGGAGUUCCAAGGUGAUGUGCACCGACGCGUCCUUUUGGGGCUUCGGACUGGUCUGCAAGGACCUCGACAAGGACCUCGUGGGCUCGAUGGGCUGUUUCUCAGAACGAUGGCGUUUCUUGGGCGACAACAAGGUGCUCUCCCGGGCCUGGGCUGCAGGCUCCAGUGAGGACGAGAUCAUCACGAAGCCCCUAGAGAGCUCCAAGGACUUCCAGAAGUUCGUGGGGGAUGAGGAGGCUAGCAAGGAGGCCCGCACGCGGGCCGCUGGACGUCUUCCCGAGGCGGUUCGAGAGGAAGGUUGGGCUGUCGUAGGGUCGCACAAGUGGGGAUCCCCGCCUGACAACGUCGUGGAGGGGGAGGCCCGGGCCAUCGCGUUCGGGGUUAAGCACAUCUGCAGAUCCACGAAGGCCUUUGAGAGCCACCACCUCCUGCUCUCCGACUCGCUCUCGUCUGUCUUGGCUCUGGGCAAGGGCCGAUCCUCGGCCCCCGGCGUCAGCGGCGCCCUGCGCUCUGUGGCAGCUCAUGUUGCGGCGACGGGACUCCGGCUCAGUGCCCGCUGGCUGCCUAGCGAGUGGAACUUCGCCGACGGUCCUUCGCGAGGGCUGCGGCACGCUGGAUGCGCUCGUGGUGGAGUCGGCCAGGCUGGAGCGUCGCCAGGCGACGGCCCCGGAGGGAGAGGCCCGCUCGGUCCCGAGGACCCGCCCGGUGCCGCCAAGCCGGGCGACGUCAGCGCCCUCGCUUCGGAGGUGAAGCGGGGGAAGCUGGCCCGGCGCGGGGCCAAGCUGGCCGACGCGGGGACGCUGGACGUGCUGCGGCUGAGCACGGUGCGGACACAGACAGUGAGGUCGAGGUACCAGCAGCUGGCCGCCGAGUUCGACGCAUGGCUGGCGGAGCAGGGGCUGCCUGCGCGGCCAACGUUCUCCCUCGACGAGCGGAGGAUGAUCCCGCUGGCGCCCGAGGCCGCUGCCACGCUGGACUGCAGCCUUGCGGAGUGGAUGCUGGGGCAGUACCUGGAGGGCGUCGACCACUGGCGCGGGGUGCAGAUGCUGGCCGCCCUUCAGUGGAGCGACCCGCGUCUCGGCCGCGACGGCGGAGCUCGCUUGCCCGGGGCCAGGCAGUCGCUCCGAGGCUGGAAGGUGCUGACGCCGCCGUUGACCAGGCUGCCGCUCCCCGAGGAGGUCGUUGCCGCCCUAGCUUGCGAGCUGGUGUGCGUGGGCCUGUGGGAGGCGGCGGCGUGCGUGGUCCUGUCGAUGGUGUUCUACAUGCGACCGGGGGAAUGGGGCCGCGUGCAAGUCAAGCACGCGAUCGCGCCCCGCGCUUCGGGAAGCCAGGCCCUGCGGCAGUGGGCCCUAGUGCUGCAUCCGCACGACGGCGAGGAGGCGCGGCCCAGCAAGACGGCGGAGUUCGACGAGAGUCUCGUGCUGGACCUCACCUGCGACCUGUGGCUGGGCGGCGUGCUGCGGAGACUGACCGCUGCGAAGCCGCCGGACGCUGCGCUGUUCAGCUUCUCAGUAGAGGAAUUCGCCGAGAUUUUCAGACGCGCGGCCCGCCGUCUCGGCCUGGAGCCCGUGCCGAUGCCUUACCUUCUCAGGCACGCCGGCGCCGGCCGAGACUUCGUCAACGGACUCAGGCCGCUGAGCGAAGUGAAACGGCGGGGUCGCUGGAAGACAGGCGCCUCCGUGCGGAGGUACGAGAAGGGAGGAAGGCUGAGCGAGCAGUUUGCGAAACUGCCCCCAGCCCUGCAGAAGCACGCGCUCCGCUGCCACAGCGUGCUCCCCGAGGUUCUCUUAGGGAGGCUCGCUGCCCCGCCGUUCCUGGGCCGCCAGCUGUGA